CGCCUGCGCUCCGGAUGGUGUCACCAUGUUCCCCUUCCCCUGCUGCACGUGGGCCUCGGUGUCCCCACUACCGUCUUCCCUCCCGGCUCGCGUGCCACCGCGAGUCCGCCCCCCCGUCCCUCUGCAGGGAAGCGGAAGUGCCUCCACCGGAAGGGACGGGACGGGACGGGAGGGUAGCGGCCCGAUCGGGAUCCAGCCGGCAUGGGGCGGCCGCGGUGAUGGAGGAGAGAAGGCGCCGGAGCCGGUAACCAACUGGUAUUCUAGCAUGGACACUGUUGCUAGCCACAGUUGUCAUCUUCUCCAGCAGCUACAUGAACAGCGCAUUCAAGGCCUUCUCUGUGACUGCAUGUUGGUAGUAAAAGGCGUCUGCUUCAAAGCACAUAAAAAUGUAUUAGCUGCUUUCAGUCAGUAUUUCAGGACCCUAUUUCAGAAUUCUCCAGGCCAGAAGAAUGAUGUCUUUCACUUGGACAUUAAAAAUGUAGGUGGCAUAGGCCAGAUCUUGGACUUCAUGUACACUUCACACCUUGAUCUUAGCCAGGACAAUAUACAAGCUAUGCUGGAUAUUGCACAAUGUCUGCAAGUGCAAAAUGUGCUGAAUAUUUGCCACACUUUUUUAAAAUCCUCCACAGCUGUAGAGCCUCCUGCCAGCAUGCCUUGCAACAAUGUGUUCGCCUUGCAAAGUACUUUGGCUACAGAGACUAACUGUGUGAAUGAAAAUUAUGGUACUAACUUACUGCAUGAAUGCUCAUCAGAUACACAAGCGAGUAAAGUGUUGGAUGACAACCAUUCCCACGGAUCACAAUCUGUUAAUCUUCAUACUUCCUCAGGUGAUGUACAGAAACAGACACAGGACUCCUUAGGUGGUAAUUGCACUGAACUCCCAUUUAAACAGCCAAAUUACUAUUAUAAACUGCGCAACUUUUAUAGCAAGCAGUUCUACAAGCAGAAUGCAUGUUCCAACCAUGAGAGAAUAACAGAACAGUCCUUUGCUUUCAAUACAUCUACUGAACUAAGUACGGUAGAGAGCAAUUCUUGUACUGUCAGUCAAUCUGAAUGUAUUUUGGAAUCCUCUGAUCACUUACCAUCCAACUUUCUGGUUCAGUCCUUGAAUGAUUCUGCUCCAGACCAAGAUUUGGAAAGCACAUCCUUGCAGCCUACCAAACAGAUGCGGUUGAAAAAGGCAAUACACCUUAAAAAACUGAAUUUUCUAAGAUCACAGAAGUCUGCAGAACAAUUGUCUGAACCUAAGAGAGAUGACAACAGUAUAAGAAGGGUAAUUGAAUCUGUAAAUGAAAGUAGCAUGGAGAUGACAAAUACUAAUGCUGUUGAAGAAAAAGAAACUGAAGAUCUUGUGAGUUCGGAGAGUUUUGAACAAACUGUUGAAAUGGAAAGAUCUCAAGGUCCUUCAGAACAAGAUGAGCAAUCACAGAUUCUUCAGUCACAGAGGCAAUAUACUUGUGAAUUAUGUGGAAAGGCUUUUAAACAUCCAAGCAAUUUGGAGCUCCAUAAAAGGUCUCAUACAGGUGAGAAACCUUUUGAAUGUAACAUUUGUGGGAAACACUUCUCACAGGCAGGUAACCUACAGACUCUACGUCGGCACUCUGGUGAAAAACCAUAUAUUUGUGAAAUCUGUGGGAAAAGGUUUGCUGCUUCUGGUGAUGUACAGCGUCACAUUAUUAUUCAUUCUGGAGAAAAACCUCAUUUGUGUGAUAUUUGUGGCAGAGGGUUUAGUAACUUUAGUAACUUAAAGGAACACAAAAAGACCCAUACAGCAGAUAAAGUAUUCACCUGCGAUGAGUGUGGAAAGUCAUUUAACAUGCAACGGAAGUUAGUAAAGCACAGAAUUAGGCACACAGGAGAAAGACCAUACAGCUGUUCAGCAUGUGGAAAAUGUUUUGCAGGGUCUGGUGAUCUGCGUAGACAUGUGCGGACUCAUACAGGAGAAAAGCCGUAUACAUGCGAGACCUGUAACAAAUGCUUCACUCGUUCUGCUGUUCUGCGGCGGCACAAGAAAAUGCACUGCAAAUCCAGUGAUGAGGGACCAAAUACACUAGAGGAAUUUACUCAGGCAAUUGAAACUUCUGAUCUUGAGAAAUCUCAGGGUUCCGACGCGUUUGCCCAAGAAAUGUCUGUUACUUUGUUACCAGUAUCUGUUAAAUUUCCUGUUCGUCCAGCUGGAAAUUCAGCUAAUGAAUUUGAUAGUUCUGCAGGAUCUUAUUGCAAGUUGCGGUCAAUGAUUCAACAUCAUGAGUCUACAAUCCAACAGAAAUUGAGUCUGGAUCCCGCUGAACUCCCAAAACCUCAGACGCAACAAACUCCUCAGCCACCUUUCACUUACACAGAGGUAGAUGUAUCACCUGCAGAAGAACCCCUACAGUCUGAUAAUAUUUCUAUGAUUCGUUCAUCAAUGACAACCCUGGAUGGUCAUUGUGGUGACCCCCUGGGCAAUCGUGCAUCUUCUGCUGCAUUUAGGAGUAAUGAAGGACCAUUCUUUUCCAGUAUGACCCUGUGGGGCUUAGCUAUGAAGACCUUGCAGAAUGAAAGCGAGUUGGAUCAAUGAGGGUUCAUUUUACCGAUUCACAACCUUUUAGGGGAAUUGUUUUAAUUUACCAGACUAAGACCACAUAUUCCAGCUAGUGCUCACUACCUCCCAUUUAACUCUGCAUGCUGUAUCCUGCAAUGGAACUUCAGUUGUUCCAAGGCCCAGUUUCAUUAUUAAAGUGCACAAAGGUGAAUAGUGUGUGUAAGCAAAACCAGUACUGAGGUUUGGUAGGGUAAGGUGUGGGAAAAGAAUAGUGUUCCAAUCACAAGAGGCUGAAGUACCAAUAAUGGAAUGCUUAUCAGUAAGAUCAUUGGUUUACAUGACUUCAUAUAUUUAAUGUGACAUAUUAAAACUGAUUGUCAAAUACUGUACAAUAUUUGUCAGUAGUGCAAAGUAACUGUAUAUCUAGAAACUUUAUUUUUACAAUAAAAGCCUUUUCUAGUAUUUUAUAAACUAUUUUGCACAGAAGUUUUAUCGGUAGAAUGUAGAUCAAAGUAAAGAAAUGCUAAUUUAAUUUGAAUAAAGGGAAGUUAUUUUACGUAACAUCUUAAUUGUUCAGUGUGUUGCAUCUUUACUAAUUCAGAAAAGUGCAAUGAAAAUUGUUGGUAGCUAUUUCAACAGUAUAAUUCCAUUUA